GCCGUCCCUCCUGUGUGCCUCCCCAGCAGGACACCGCGGGAAGAUGGGCUCCCGUGCACUGGGACUUGCGCUGGCAUGCUGCCUGCUGCUGGCCUUCGCCUGUGGCCCAGCACUGGGCCGUGAGCCUCGCGGCCAGAAGGAGCAGCAGGGGCCCGAGGGGACCAAGGAGCCGCCACUGGGCCACACUGAGAGGGCUGAAGAGAGACAUGAAAAGUACAGCCCCAGGCAGGACGAGGAGCCCCCUGCUUCCCGGUGCUUUCGCUGCUGUGACCCCGAGACCCCCGUGUACCAGGCAGUCCCCACACCGCAGAUCAACAUCACCAUCCUGAAAGGUGAGAAGGGUGAUCGAGGGGACCGAGGCCUGCAAGGGAAAUAUGGCAAAACAGGCUCCAUGGGCGCCAGGGGCCAUGCAGGGCCCAAGGGGCAGAAAGGCUCCAUGGGGACCCCCGGGGACCGGUGCAAGAACCACUACGCGGCCUUCUCGGUGGGCAGGAAGAAGCCCCUGCACAGCAACGACUACUACCAGACGGUGAUCUUUGACACGGAGUUUGUGAACCUGUAUGGCCACUUUAACAUGUUCACCGGCCGGUUCUACUGCUAUGUGCCCGGCAUCUACUUCUUCAGCCUCAACGUGCACACCUGGAACCAGAAGGAGACGUACCUGCACAUCAUGAAGAACGGGGAGGAGGCGGUGAUCCUGUAUGCGCAGGCGAGCGACCGCAGCAUCAUGCAGAGCCAGAGCCUGAUGCUGGAGCUGCGCGGCCAGGACGAGGUGUGGGUGCGCCUCUUCAAGGGCGAGCGGGAGAAUGCCAUCUUCAGCGAUGAGUUUGACACCUACAUCACCUUCAGCGGCUACCUGGUCAAGCACGCCACCGAGCCUUAGUGCCGGCUGGCCUCCUGCUGCACUGCCGGAGGCUGGCCUGUUCGCCACCCGCCGCAGGACCCCCAGGGGCCAGCACCAGGCUGACCUGUCAGCCCCUCCCCGGUCCUGGUCUCCCCGGUCCUCACUUCUCCAGCUUUGGCAUCCAACACAACACCCUUCACGGGAGCAGGACGCGACAGUGGCUGUGUGGUUCCAGGCCUCACCAUGGGGUUGGGGGGGGGGGCUUUGAGGACGGCUGGGGACCCCAGCAUCCUCUGUGUGCAUAGCCUCAAGUGACCCUACACAGCGCACCACCAUGCUGCAGGGCGGCCAGAGUAAACUUGCUCCCAUGGCUGGAAACAAUUAGGCAAAUUCUAAAGGAUGUGAAAGGAGGAAAGCGAACCGUGUGGGGAAGGAAAGGCGUUAUUAUUUUUGCCUCUCCGUCGGCUGCACUGGCUCCUGAUGGAGGGCUCCCUUCACUUGAGGUUGCAUAAGAUUUCUCCAAGAGAAGAUGUGAAGUGGGUGCAUGGGGCGACGGGGGUUGGGGGGCCGGGUGGGGGCCUGGGAAUCCCCGUCUGCCUUCAUUCUUUUAGGUCACGUGUGAAACUUCUUGGGGGACAGCUGGACUGACGUCCACGUGCUGUGGACAUCCCUGUGGCCUGGCCCAGGGCUUCAGCUGAUCUGCAGUAGUGAGGGGGUUUGGUCUAAGGAAGCCAACGUCAGCUCCUCAAAGGGAUAGCCACGUCCCUGGCCUUGGCCCUGGGCUGGGAGAAGAUGCCUGCUUGCUAGAACCCACAGGCUCCUGACAGGCGCUGGGCACCUCGGGGGCCCGCGGCCCUGCAGAAGCUUUGGUGAGGAGCCAGCUCAGUGCGGCCAAGGCAAAGCCGUACGUCCUGGCGUGGCAGCUCCCCACGCCCGCCACCCUGGGCGCUGGGCCGGGCCUCCACGCCUGUCACCCAGCACUAGCUUUUCCUCUCCCUCUCAGACACGUGAGCACGCAGGGCACUGGGGCCUUUGAUUUGGUGGCAGCCAUCAUGGUUAUAUAAUGUUCUCUAUAAAAGCUCCUUAGAAUCCCAUUUCCCAAAGGGUUUGGCAUUCAGGGCCACCCCUUCCCACCCUCCCACCCCCGCCCAGCAUCCUCCCCUGGGCCCCAGAGCAGGGGAGAGCUGGGAGGGGCUGGAGGUCUCCCCUUCUGCCUCUCUCUGGAGCUCCUGUGGGGCUCAGUCCCUGAAACUAGGAGGGAGUCAUGUCCUGACCUCUGGGGGCAGAACCCCCUCGCCAAGACGGGCUGUGGGAACGCCCAGAGGGGGUUGCCGCCUGGAAUUGGUGCUCUGGCCUGUGGCUGACUUUGGCCUGGCAGCCCUUCCCCACCCCUCUACAUCAAUGCUCAGGGCUGGGGUCACUCUCCUAUCACUUAUAGGGACCCUGCAGGCCCCUCGGGAGCCUCCUUUCCACUGCCUGGUGACUCUUGGUCUUAACUGAUCCCUCCGUCCUCCCUGGACUGGCCAUGGGGUCUAGGGUCCACACAUCCCUCCCUCUGAAGGCCCUCUGCUGGUCAGACUUUAAAAACUGUUUCUGUAGGCGUGCUGGUGGGCAGGGUGCCCGCCUCCUAUUCUGUGCUGUCCCAAUGCUCUUUGAGAAAACAUUAAACUUGGAAUUGUGUGUUUCAGCAUGAA